AUGACGAUUGAGAACCUGCGAGUAUCAUUCACGAUACACGGGCUCCUGGAAGUAUUGGUCAUGGUCAAUGGAACGUCAUUUACCAGCAGGGAAUUCAAAUACUUCCUAAAGUCCAAAGCACAUGUUCUAGCUCCAGUGGCUUUGACGCUUAACUGGGCUGCAGUGUUCCUAGAGGCAGCAGCUGAUUUUUCUCUGAGGACUUUGAUGGAAGUCUCAGCUGUCUUGGAGACAAAGUGGCAGAUCAAUUUAAGUGAGUCUGUGAAGAUGAGCAGUUUUCUAAGUUGUCAUGCUGCUCUGUGCAGUGGGAAACAGCUUUGCUUUCUAAUCCUUCUUCUCCUUUCAACUUUUUCAUUGCUCAUCAUGUAUAUGUUUGGCCGCAUGCUUUAUCGUGAAGAAAACGAUAAGCUCACAUUAUUUCAACAGAAUUUUUCCAAGCAUUCGGUAGAUGUCACCACUAUAGAGAUGACCACCAAUCUCACAAACUGCCUCACAAAUGAAGAUUACAUGUCUUUCAAAGCCAUCAGGUCUUCCAAAGGCAUUUGGACUAUCAUACCAAGUGGGAGGUUGGGCAACCUCAUGGGACAAUAUGCAACAUUGUUUGCUUUGGCCAGAUUAAAUAGGAAACAAGCCUACAUUUUUCCAAGUAUGGCAAAUAGCCUGUCUCAGACAUUCAAGCUUACUCUUCCCACAAUUCAUCAGGAGGCAGAGGCCAAGAUCCCUUGGCAAAACUAUCACAUUGCUGACUGGAUGGAUGAACGGUAUAAAAAUAUCUUAGGAGACCAUAUUAAAUUCUCUGGAUAUCCAUGUUCUUGGACGUUCUAUCAUCAUAUUCGAGAAGAAAUCCUGCAUGAGUUCUCUUUUCAUGAGUUUGUCACAAAGGAGGUCAACUUGUACUUAAGAAAAAUAACAGCACAGCGUCAAAAUGUUACUUAUGUUGGUGUUCAUGUUCGAAGAGGAGAUUAUGUACGUGUUAUGCCACAGGUGUGGAAGGGUGUCAUUGCAGAUAGAAACUACCUGGAGAAAGCUAUGGCCUACUUCAGAAAUAAGUACAAGGAUGUUAUCUUCAUAGUGACAAGCAAUGGAUUAGAUUGGUGUCGUAAGAAUAUCGAUGCCUCCAAGGGGGAUGUUUACUUCUCAGGAGAUGGCAAUGAAUCUAAACCACAAAGAGACUUUGCUAUACUUGCUCACUGCAACCACACCAUAAUGACCAUUGGCACAUUUGGAUUCUGGGCUGCCUACCUUGCUGGUGGGGAGGUCAUCUACCUCACAAACUUCACUUUACCUGGCUCACCUUUCCUUAAAGUGUUUAAGUACGAGGCAGCCUUCCUGCCGGAAUGGAUUGGGAUUGCUGCUGAUCUCUCACCUCUUCUGAACCAGAGCCUUAACUUUUAAGUGAAGGCAUUUUCAAAGCAGGCAUGUUAAAAAAAUAACUCAGUGAGGCUGAUACCUCUCCCAUUGCA